CCAAAGUUUCCAUCUAACUAGUAGCGAGCACAACAGCACCAGAGCACUUCCCCCCCGUGCCAUAGCAGAGCCGUUCCUUUGCCUCCUCCCUUCCUAUUAGAGCGCUCUCCCCACACGUUUAUCCCCGUCUUCCGGAUUGCUUCCUGUCCUCUUAACGUCCGGGCCUCUUAUUCCUACCAGCAAAAUGUUCAAACCCCUCGUCAUGGUGAUGGCCUCCUCUUCCUCCACCUGCAGCUUGUUUACUUCUCUCUAAUGGGAUCUUCUGAUCCAGUAUAAGUCCCAGAGAGAGAUUGAGAGAAAGAGGUGGGAAGAAGAUGCUGCAGAGGGCGGCGAGCAACGCUUAUUCCUGGUGGUGGGCCAGCCACAUCAGGACCAAACAGUCCAAAUGGCUCGACAACAACCUCCAAGAAUUUUUUCAUAUACCACAUAGCUCUUAUGAGAGUGGGCUGAAAAAAUAUUGGGACAUAGAAAGGCAGAUGACCGAGUUGCAGGAGGAAGUUUCUUCAUUACAAGAUACUUUCAAUACCAGUGCAGUCAUUGAAGAUGAUGACGCCCGAGCUUUGAUCGCGGCAAAAGCCAUUAAGUCCUGCGAGGAUACCUUAGUGAACUUGCACAAGAAGCAAAAGAAAUCGACAGAGGAGGCAAGAAUAGAGUCGGAAAGAAUUAAGGAUGCCAAGCAGAUGCUGAAGGCACUUAAAGUUGAGUACGGUCAGUCUCAGAUGGAGAUUGAGGAGAACUCUGAUCAAACCAUAGAGCAAAAUUCUGAUACCAUGAAUAGAGAGAGUGAAGUUUGUGCUUGGAAGCCAGAGGGGCUAGAUUUACAGUCAAUAUGCCAGAAGGUAAAGGAACACUUUGAGAUGAGCUCUGAUACAUCUGUGGUGGAGCUUGCAGAAAAGAUCGACGAGCUUGUAGAUAAGGUCAUCGGCCUAGAGCUCACAGUUUCAUCCCAGACUGCACAGAUUCAGAGAUUAAGAUCAGAAACAGAUGAGCUUCAAAAGCACUUGCGCAACUUGGAGGAAGAUAAGGCAACUCUGAUAGGGGACUCCAAUAUCUUGACUGAGAGGUUAAAGCAAGCAGAAGAAGAGUUGCGAACAAUUCAGCAUCUCGAGAAGUGUGUUCAAGAUGAAAAGGGCAUGGUUGAAAUGCAUUUCACUGAAGCUUGUGAUAGCCUCAAUGAUCUUUCAGACAAAUUGCAGUCCCCUAAACAUCAAGAAGAGAAUAAGCCACUGGGAGAUGGCAGGCAAGAAGGAAGGAGCAAGGAGAUGGGUUCAGGUGAUAGCAAUUCUCAAAGUUCCCAAUUAGAAGAGCUAGAUGAUGCACCCGACUUGCACAACUUGCUAGUGAAGGGAUUAGAAGGCAAAGAAAAGAUGUUGCUAGCUGAGUACACAUCCAUCCUUCGGGACUAUAAAGAUACAAAGAAAAUGCUUACUGAGAUAGAGAAGAAAAAUGAAGAAUAUCACGUCGAGACAAUGGAACAGGUAAAAGAAUUGAGGAGUGCCAAUGCCAUGAAAGAUGAUGAGAUCCGAUCUCUAAGGAAAAUGUUGAGCUCAUUACAAAGGACUGUAAAUGAAAGUGCACCGAAGAACUCAGAGAAUUCUGACACUAAAGUUGCAGACAACACAGCAAAAAUAAAUGCACCAUUUGAUGCUACAAAUACUGAUAGCCCUUGUGCAGAAGUAGACCUCAAGCUCUACCAAGUCAAUGAAUCACACACCUCCUCACCCAUCGAAGAAAAAUUUAGAGCAGAUAUUGAUACGCUGCUAGAGGAGAACUUGGACUUCUGGUUAAGGUUCAGCACAUCAUACCAUCAAAUCCAGAAAUUCCAAACAACAUUUAAAGACUUGGAAGCUGAGAUGGAGAAACUGAAGGAUGUCAAACCACAAGAGGGGAGUGGUGGUGCUAUGGUUGCUGCUGGGCAGACAAUAAAACAGGAAUCGGUUCCACUCGAGAAGAAGCUGAGAGAAUUGAACACAGAACUCCAAGUCUGGUUGGAAAAGAAUGGGGUGCUAAAGAACGAGCUACAAUGCAGAUUCUCAUCACUUUGCAACGUACAAGAGGAGAUAUUGAAGGUCUCAAACGAAAGUGAGGCCCAAGAUGUGCAAUUCACUCCUUAUCAGGCUGCAAAGUUCCAAGGUGAGGUUCUCAACAUGCAACAAGAGAACAACAAGGUGGCAAAAGAGCUGCAGACCGGACUGGAUCAUGUGAAAGGGCUUCAGGUCGAGGUUGGAACGGCUCUGUCCAAGCUUCGUGAGGAUUUCAAGUUGACUGGAUCAAGAAACCACAAUUACCAACAGUCUCUCAGGCAUGUAUCAAGCAAGCAUAUAAUACCAUUGAAGACCUUCUUAUUUGGUGCUAAGCCUAAGAAGCCAUCGAUAUUUUCAUGCAUGAAUCCAGCACUGCACAAACAAUACAGUGAUUUAAGAACAGGGUUUCCAACAUAAAAUCUGACUUGGUGUUGGAUCUUCUUUCAGUCCUCAUCAUUUCCUUGAUCACAUGCAAAGAGUUUUCUGGGCAUCUUGUGAACUGGUUUUUGGUUUCUUUUGUGAUCUUACAAGACUCAUUUUUACACCUGCUUUUGGGGCCACAAUAUUGCAAUAACGAAAUGUAACCUGGCUGUGUUAUUUUUUUCCUGCCAAUACUUUACAUCAUGUUUGCUGAUCCAAGAAAACUUGCUAACCAUCCACAAGAUGGGACUUACUCUUGCUUGGAACCACAAGACAUGGUGUAUAAAUUAUAUAUAUGGAACCACAAGCAAGAACCAACGAGUCCCUUAUGAUGUGCCACUUUAAUUUUUUUACUUGCUUGGAAUCAAAGCAAUUGUCUUUCUUUUCUCAA